UGGCAGUGCGAGUGCUUUUAGUAGAGACCAAUAGGGUCGUUUUUUAUUUCUCGAUUGCCAGGGAAACAGAAUGAAGAACCGGGGAAACGGGAGGGAUGAUGGAUAACCGUGUCCUGUCUGCGCGCUUUCUGACCAAUUAAAAUCAAAUCAAUGCAAGUACGUCCCUCUUGGGACUUAUAAAAUUAGGGUGGAAAUAUAUUGCUAAUUUAAACAAGAAGAAAUUAAAGAUAGAGUAAUAUGCCACGUGAAAGGAUUCUAAGAAUUGUUAAAUUGAUCACCCGUGUUUAAAGCGCGCAACUAUCACGGGACUAAAAUGAUCAAUGCUCGCUUUCUUUUCGUUUAGAUUUUUAAUAAUACAUCUUAGUUCAAUUUGUUUUUUUGUAAUAUUUCCUUGAAAAUCUUAGGGUGAAAAUAAACGAUGUCGAGUUAGAGUUGAAUUGUUGGUGUUUUUGCACUCUGGAGAGAGAUGCCAAGUUGUCUUGGUUAAAUUAAAAUUUUUUAAAAAAACUUUUUGAAAUAUUCUGCUACCACGAUGAAGCCCAAUGUCUCGACUGGCACGAGUAUGGAAUGCGAUUAAAAUGAUCUUUGAGAGGCAACGGAAAGGAUGACUUUUACUCAGACGACAACUUCCCGUCCCGUAUUUAAGACACUGGGGUCUUGAAUUUAAAGUUGCGCUUUCAAGGUGUUGUAGAGCGCAGUUCUAAUACUGUAGGAAACUUUUUGCUUUACAAAACACUAAGAUGCUUACUCACCACAUACAGUAUAAAAGAACAGAAGUGCUUUGAACAUGGACACUAAAACUAAUCCUUAAAGAAAGGCUCACUUUUCUGAGAAGCUUGGAAGGGUACAAAUUGGUGAAAGUACUUAGGGUUGGUGAACAUGAAUAAACACAUGGAUAUUCCCGCUGUUGUACUGUAUCACUUCCAACUCGCGAAGCGAAGCCUUAUACAAAAUGCAAGGUGAAUUUGCCCAUCUUGGCAGAUAGACUAAGGAGGAAGGGUAGUUUUCGGAAGCAGGGAUAAACAGGUAAUCAACAUUUUCUAAAAAAAAACUGGGGGAAAUGUAAUAAUAGACUAUCGUGACAAACGGAAAUCGGAGCUCUGAUUAAACUCCAUGUCCAUAUCCCUCCUUACAAAAACAGCUUUAAUUAUGAGCCUUUUGGUGUAGUUAUUUUCGGGGAAGGUAUCCAUCUGUCAACGGCACCCAGCCUCAUUGUUCACCCAGAGUGGUCGCCCGACUAGACGCAAGCGAACCCCUGGACAGUAGCACUCAUGACCGGUGGGAGAAGUACGAUGGAUCCUCAUAUUAUGGAGAAGGUGGAUCAGAUCCUUUCAGAGUUCCGUCUGAAAAAAGAGGAGCUGAAGGAGAUCAUGAGGAGGAUGCAGCGUGAAAUGGAUCGGGGGCUGCACCUGGAAACGCACGACGAGGCCAGCGUCAAGAUGCUACCCACCUACGUGCGCUCCACCCCAGAGGGCUCUGAGGUGGGGGACUUCUUGGCCCUGGACCUGGGGGGAACAAACUUCCGGGUGAUGCUGGUGAAGGUGGGAGAGGAUGACGAUCGAGGCUGGAAGGUGGAGACCAAGUACCAGAUGUACUCUAUCCCCGAGGACGCCAUGACAGGCACCGCCGAGAUGCUCUUUGACUACAUUUCCGAGUGCAUCUCAGACUUCCUGGACAAGCACAACAUGAAACACAAGAAGCUCCCUCUGGGUUUCACCUUCUCCUUCCCAGUGCGACAUGAGGACAUUGACAAGGGCAUCCUGCUGAACUGGACGAAGGGCUUCAAGGCCUCAGGGGCUGAAGGCAACAAUGUGGUGGGCCUGCUCCGUGAUGCCAUUAAGAGGAGAGGGGACUUUGAAAUGGAUGUGGUUGCCAUGGUGAAUGACACAGUGGCCACCAUGAUCUCGUGCUACUACGAAGACCGCAGCUGCGAAGUGGGGAUGAUUGUGGGCACAGGCUGCAAUGCCUGUUACAUGGAGGAGAUGCGCACGGUGGAGCUGGUGGAGGGGGAAGAGGGGCGGAUGUGUGUGAACACCGAAUGGGGAGCCUUCGGGGACACAGGCGAGCUGGAGGAAUUCCGGCUGGAGUACGACCGCGUGGUGGACGAGACUUCUCUCAACCCCGGACAGCAGCUCUAUGAGAAGAUCAUCAGUGGGAAGUACAUGGGUGAGCUGGUGAGGCUGGUGCUGCUGAAGCUGGUCAAUGAGAACCUGCUGUUCAACGGCGAAGCUUCUGACAUCCUGAAGACUAGGGGGAGCUUCGAGACUCGCUUCGUCUCCCAGAUUGAGAGCGAUACUGGGGACCGCAAGCAGAUCUACAACAUCCUGACCACCCUGGGCGUGCUGCCCUCCGAGCUGGACUGCGACAUCGUGCGGCUGGCCUGCGAGGGCGUGUCCACGCGGGCCGCCCACAUGUGUGGCGCGGGGCUGGCCGGGGUCAUCAACCGCAUGAGGGAGCGCCGCAGCGCGGACACGCUCAAGAUCACGGUGGGGGUGGACGGCUCCGUCUACAAGCUGCACCCCUGUUUCCAAGAAAAAUUCCACAAAGUGGUGCGGGAAUUGACACCUCGCUGCGACAUCACCUUCAUCCAAUCCGAAGAAGGGAGCGGGAGGGGGGCGGCCCUAAUUUCAGCCGUGGCGUGCAAGAUGGCGUGCAUGCUGAGCCAAUGA